AUGUUUCAGGCUACUCCCAUCGAUGCAACACAUCAUCAGAUUAGUGAUGGAGCCGCAUGGACGAUUAUAUCCACAGAUAAGGCGGAAUAUCGUUUCUACGAAGCUAUGGGCCCGGUAUCACAACCAAUUACUCCUGUUCCCGUAGUCAGUGGAUUGGACAUAACCGGUAGUGAUUCCAUGGCACGAGUGGAGCUGACAGGCUACAAUAUGAAGCCAAAUCUGAAGAUCUGGUUUGGAACAACUCCAGUCCGACGAAUCCCUCACAUGCCAGGUUCCUUCCCAUGCGGUAAUCAAGACCGAAGCAUCUGGAUGGGAUUUCAGCGGGGACGACGCCGAGGUGCCGAUCACCCUGGUCAGGGAUGA